GUUUUUCUUUCUCGAAGCUUAAGCCGUCGCUGCCGCUCUAUCGUCUCCUACAUCUUCACUUCAAGCUCUAACGUGAGAGCAAAACAGCAGCCAUGGCAGAACAGACUGAGAAGGCAUUUCUAAAGCAACCCAAGGUCUUCCUUAGCUCGAAGAAAUCCGGAAAGGGAAAGAGACCUGGAAAGGGUGGAAACCGAUUCUGGAAGAACAUUGGUUUGGGAUUUAAGACUCCUCGCGAUGCCAUUGAAGGAACUUACAUUGACCAGAAAUGUCCCUUCACUGGAAUUGUUUCAAUCAGAGGUCGUAUCUUAGCUGGUACUUGCCACAGUGCCAAAAUGCAGAGGACCAUUAUCGUGCGAAGGAACUACCUCCACUUUGUGAAGAAGUAUCAGAGGUAUGAGAAGAGGCAUUCGAACAUCCCAGCUCAUGUCUCACCGUGCUUCCGUGUUAAGGAAGGUGACCAUGUCAUCAUCGGCCAAUGCAGGCCUUUGUCGAAGACUGUGAGGUUCAAUGUGUUGAAGGUGAUUCCAGCUGGUGCUUCUGCCUUUGGAAAGAAGGCUUUCACUGGAAUGUAAGGAGGGGUUUUUUGAUGUUAGUUUAUGUUUCUGGAUAGAGCUGAAUUCUGUUAUUUAUGGAGAUUUUUCUAUUUUAAUGUUUUAAUGCACCGAUUUUGUUUUACUUUUUGCUGAAACUUUUCAUCGCAAUUUGAGAAAUCGUUAUGUAUUAGCCUGAGUUUCGUUACUAUA